AAAGCUUGUUAUUUUUCCAUUUUAGAGCGUCGCUGGUCGGGAUGACGCCGGUUCAUGCCGCCAUUCAACAGAACCAUAUCAAAUGCGUAGGUUUGCUCCUGCAGUACGGCAGUGACUUGCACAGCACCUUCGCCGAGUAUCCGACCGUCGUCGCGUUUGCACGUUACCAUGGAAACUCGGAGAUAUUGCGAUUGCUGCACGCCUUCAUGGUCGAUAGAGGAUUGGGCCAUCAUCAACCAGCACAGAAUUACAACGCUAUAGUUAUGAACUCAUGUGCAUCAGCGUCGUGCAUUAAUGUAACAGAAGAAAAUAUGGGCGAUUCAAUGUUUGGCAUACCAAUCAUCAACCUUGAUGACAUAAAGAAACCCGAGCACAAGCAAUCUUUCAAUGGUCCAUUCUUUUCGUACGUUGAUGGAAUGUGGGGUGGUAGCCUUGUCACCUUGAAAUUUGCUCCGGAUUUUAGUCAAGAUGAGUUCUUUCACUUUAGAUUGAGGAAGGAGAUCAAUUUGCUUCGGUGAGAGCUGCGAUUAGGAGAUUGUUUUAGGUACAACGAGGAGCCAUGCUUUGUCACAAAGUUACCCGCGAAGAACUCUCUCAAACGUGUAGUCUAGUGUUAGGCCAUAGUCUUUAGUGUAGGUUUACGUCUUGUGUUGGUAUAGUAGUCCAGUGUAGUUAGCAGUCAAGUGUUAUUACGGUCUGGCUCAGAUGAUAGAUAAUCUUAUGUAUGUAGUAACAUGAACCAAGUUUUCGUCUUUCAGGCAAUUACGUCAUUUUCGAUUUCCGGUCGCCAUGGCAAUAUGUCUAGAUCCCUUCUGCCUGAUAAUGGAAAGGUUUUAUCAUACCACGUUGUCUUUCUAUCUUCGCGAUCCAAACAUGGAUAUGGAGAAAGAUCUUGAAUGUCAUUUAAUGAGGAUCAUACGAAUCAUACUGGAUGUUGCUCAAGCUUUGUCACAUCUUCAUCGUAAGAACUGGAUCCAUUGCCACGUUUCUUCGCGAAGUAUUCUAGUUUGUGAUGGCCCCAGAGCAAAACUAGGCAGUUUAGAGUUUUGCGAAAGGCCUGGUGCAGCUAUUGAGUUUAUGGAGUGUUUCCAAGAGGAACUACCGUGGUUGGCCCCUGAAUUACUGGCUGUUGGUGAAGCUCGUUUUCCCGCUGAUAUUUAUAGUUUAGCUGCAACUUUCUGGGAGUGUUUAACCCGUAGUGUGCCUUGGUCAUGGCUAUCCGAAAAACAAAUUCCCGCGCACCGUCAAUUGCCCAUACUCCUGUGCUGGCCUAGCUUGAUAAAGCACCUCGUAGCCCAGUGUUUAGAUGAAGCGGACAGGCGUCCGACCGCCGACGUCGUUUGCCGAAAGCUUGGCGAGUUCGCGAGGCUUGGAAUUUGGUUAGACCGAUAUCAGCUGGAUGAUAUAUUCAAGCGUUGGUUGGCUGAACACCGUAAGAAUCCAAGCGAGAUGUUGUCUAGUAGAACUUCGGCGUCGUCUCGGAGCGAUAUCGUUACGAUAGCUCUGGGGGAAAAGUAUUCGUCGUCUGUCCAGGGCAGUCGAACCAGUGAGGAGUAUAAAGAACGUGCUUAUAAUCAAACCAGGCGUCGUUCAGUACUUGCAGAAACGGGAAAACCGAAAUUCCGUCGUCGGUCUGCUGUCGUUACCACUUUAGUGGAAGAAGCUCUCACGACCAUAGCACAGGUUGGACGACCAAUCCGUGACGUUAGAGAAGCGGAUAUCUAUAAGUUUGGCUUCAAGCUGGCGAGAGAGAUCGCCGAAUUGAGAGGCAUCUGUCAAAUCGCCAUACAAAGACAAAGAAAGGCUUGGGCAAAAGUCGCGAUGGCCACGCGGGACUUGGAAGAAGACAUGUUUGAUAGUCUCGCGGGAUACGAGGAGGUCACGUUCCGCCGUAAACAUGCCCACGCAGCGAACCUAAAGAAACAUCAUCAAGAAAAAGAGGAGGAAAAGUUGAAGGAAUCUUUGGAUAGAAAGAAGUCUUUAAUCAAAAAACACAAAAGAAAGAAUUGGGCGUGUUAUACCAUUUUACUUUUUGAACUUUAUGGUAUAUUAAGAAGACGGGAUACGAUUGUUGAUAAUGGUGAGGAAGACAUCGAACAAGAAGUUCUGAAUCAGUCUAUUGCUCGGAUCAGUUCACAAAUGACAAGAUUAAGUAAUAUUGUCGUUGAUACUAUGGACGACAACGUUUCUGGAAAGUUUAGUCUCUUUCCUAUUGACGUGACGCAACUUGCUCGACAAAGUGAUGAUAGUGUGAAAGAAGUGAUAACGAGUGUUUACGAUCACGAUGAUUUACACGACCAUGUGUGUGACCCGACAUCUUCCAAUGAUGGACCGACUGAUCCCGAGAAUGCUCCGACAGACCUUGAGAAUGCUCCGACAGACUAUGAGAAUGCUCCGACAGACCCUGAGGAUGUACCGACAGACCCUGAGAAUGCGCCGACUCACCAUGAGAAUGUUCCGACAGACCCUGAGAACGUACCGACGAACCCCAAGAAUGUUCCGACAGACACCGAAAAUGUACCGGCAGACCCCGAGAAUAUUCCGACGUAUCCUGACGAUACUCCGGCAGAUGAUUGUGUUGAAACCACUGAUACCAAAAAAGAGCCAGCAAGUACCGAAGUCGAGCAAAAUGACGUCGAAGUUGGAACAACAAGUGAGGAUUAUACGGCGACUGGUGCCGAUGAAUCGCUAAGUGCUUAUAACUCGGCGAGAAAUAAAGAUUACAAUCCCCCCAGUCCCGACGGCAGUGCGACUUUUCUCGACGAUACCCCGGCUGAAACGAGCACUCCACGAAUGAAAAGCAAAACCAGAAGAAUAAGGAAUAUCCUCAAACGAAGAAAGACGAAAAAGCAAGGACGGAAAGGAAAAUAUAUGGAAAGCUCUGUUUAA